UUGGAGGAGAUACUGCUUACAACGAUACCGUGAAUAACGGACAGUCCGUGCUACCCUUUCCGUCCAAGGACAAGGAUAUUUUGAUCACACGGCGAAGAUCUUAUGUUGUGUCGGAGCCGUGUGCAGAGGGAGGCGAUCGAUUACCGUUUAAUGUCGCCGAUGGAUUUAAACGUGAUUAUUAAUCUAGCGCAAAUAACCGGGCAGAAUGCGCGUGUGUGAUGCGGCCGAGCGCGCGCGCUGCUCCGCUGCAGUAUCCGCGCAGAGGCGCGUGAGCCCCCGGCGGCUGGUCGACCGUCGAUUCACUGUGUUGUUUUGGUAAAUAUGUGCCGAUUCGAAACUGGUGCGGUAAACGACCAAAGAGCGCAUUUAUAUAUAGUCGUAAUAAAACGUAUCUAUUUACAAGUAUCUGUUAAAGUGUUUUGUUGACAUGAGCCAGGACAGAAUGUCUGCAUCUCUAUUGCGCUGAUAAACGGGUCGGAGAGCCGGUGUGGUCCGUUAUCUGAAGCUCUUAUUGGGGACAGUAUUUUCGCACAGAAAGGAUAGGAUUUGUCAACGAUAAGCCGCGGCUGGUUUAUCCGAGAGCCUGUUAUGUUCGUGUGUCAGUGUGUGUCUGUGUACUAGACGCGCUGAGCUAACGCUGCCCGUCAGGAUGGAAUCCGGUGGUGUUGGGGAGGCCGGGGGAGGGGGCCUCGCACCCGUGAGACCGUUUCCGUACUUGUGUGAGGAAUCUGCUCAGGGUUUGAAAUCUAAAAGCCUCCCCGUGCUCAGUGGUAGUCAGGACGCGGAUCAGACUCUGCUCUCUGCCCCGCACAGCUCGCCCCGGUGCGGCUCCCCCGUCAGGACAGAGUGUCGUGAGCCGGAGGGGCGCGGCGGCGCGGCGGCGCUCUUGAGGUUCCGCCUGUUACAGGUGCCGGUGAGGCGCUAUGUGGACGGGAUCCUUUCAGACUCUCGCUGCUUCCUUUUCUGCAUGUGUUAUCUAACCUUUAUUCAGUCUCUGAUGGUGUCCGGCUAUCUCAGCAGCGUCAUCACCACCAUAGAAAAGCGGUACAGUCUGCGGAGCUCGGAGUCAGGUCUGCUGGUCAGCUGUUUUGACAUCGGUAGUCUCCUGGUUGUGGUUUUCAUCAGCUACUUCGGUGGGCGGAGUCAGAGGCCACGCUGGCUGGCCGUAGGGGGCGUGUUAAUUGCGGUGGGUGCCGCCCUCUUCUCCCUACCUCACUUCAUCUCUCCGCCCUAUCAGCUGGAGGAGCUGAACAGCACAGUGGGGGGAGAGGGGCUCUGUGCCAGUGGUAAUGGGAGUGGGCAGGAGAGACCCACACUGUCCAGGUGCCAGCGGGACCGGGAGGAGAGUGAGCACGCCCUGUAUGUGGCGCUGUUCAUCUGUGCUCAGAUCCUCGUGGGAAUGGGAUCGACUCCCAUAUACACACUUGGACCAACUUACCUGGAUGACAAUGUGAAGAAGGAGAACGCUUCCCUAUACCUGGCUAUCAUGUAUGUAAUGGGAGCUCUUGGACCAGCCGCUGGGUACCUGCUGGGUGGGAUUCUGAUCGGAUUCUAUGUCGACCCUGGUACCAUUGUCAAUAUUGACCAGAGUGACCCACGGUUUGUAGGAAACUGGUGGAGUGGGUUUCUCCUGUGUGCCGUGGCAAUGUUGUUGGUGAUCUUUCCCAUGUUCUCCUUCCCUAAAAAACUUCCGCCUCGCCACAAGAAAAGUAAAAGACGUGUAAAAAAGAGUGCAGGUGAUGUGUCCAGCGAUGAUGAUGAGAUGAUGAAGGAAAAGAGCCAGGCUGUCUCGUCCUCCAUGGGUUUUGGCAAAAAUUUCAAAGAUUUGCCAAAAGCAGCAGUGCGUAUAUUGAGUAAUGUGACGUUUUUGUUUGUGAGUUUGUCGUAUACGGCGGAAUGUGCCAUCGUCACAGCCUUCAUCACUUUCAUUCCCAAAUUCAUUGAAUCUCAAUUUGGUGUUCCAGCAUCUAAUGCCAGUAUAUACACAGGUCUGAUCAUUGUACCCAGUGCAGGUGUUGGUAUAGUUUUAGGAGGGUACAUAAUUAAGAAGCUGAAACUGGGCGAAAGAGAAGCAGCAAAGCUGGCCAUGAUCUGCAGUGGAGUGUCUUUGCUCUGCUUUUCCACUCUCUUCAUCGUCGGCUGUGAGAGCAUCAACCUUGGUGGAAUCAAUAUCCCUUACACCACUGGGCCCACGCUGACUCUGUCUCACCGAAACCUAACGGGAAGCUGUAACGUCAACUGUGGCUGCAGGAUUCAUGAGUACGCACCCGUCUGCGGCUCUGAUGGCAUCACCUACUUUAACCCAUGUCUGGCGGGCUGCAGCAACAUCGCCAACCACACCUCAGGAAUCAGAAACUAUUCUGACUGCGCAUGCGUUCAGAGCAGACAGGUGAUCACGCCAUCAGGAGGAAACCAUGAGCUCCAGGUGGUGAUCGUGAAGACGUACCUGAACGAGAAUGGUUACGCACUGGCAGGAAAGUGUGAGCGCACCUGUGGAACACUCAUCACCUUCCUCAUCUUUCUCUUCAUCGUCACUCUCAUAACCGCCUGCGGUCAGCCGUCCGUCAUCAUCGUUACGCUCAGGUCAGUGGAUGAAGAGGACAGGCCGUUUGCUCUGGGAAUGCAGUUCGUUCUUCUCAGGACUCUUGCCUAUAUCCCCACUCCUAUCUAUUUUGGAGCUGUGAUUGACACCACCUGUAUGCUGUGGCAGCAGGAUUGUGGUUUCCAUGGGUCCUGCUGGGAGUACGAUGUCACUUCCCUCCGCUUUGUUUACUUUGGGCUGGCGGCGAGCUUGAAGUUCCUGGGCUUCCUGUUCAUCUUCCUCACCUGGUAUUCGCUGAAGCAGCGUGAGGAACAGACGCACACACACUCGCACACGCUUUCCCCGCUGGACACGGUGAGCCACCUCAUCUGCCACGCCGGAGGUCACAAAGGUCACGCACGCACACGCUCCUGUCCUGUCUUCCUGCCUCGGCCACCUGAACACUCCCAUGCUGCCAUGACAACUGGACACGCUCUUAGCCGUGGUAACAGUUGCCCUGGGAAUGGCCUGAAAGCAAUAACUCCACCCAUACGGUCUCUUGAAAAAGUGGCAGUGUGAGUGUUGGAGCCAUGCACACACACACACACAUGCUUACACUUGCUCAUACACAUGCAUGCAAACAUCAUACAUUUAAGAGGGCCGAUUAUUAUGUAAAUGGAAAAAAACGCCACACCGCUUAUAGCCAUUGCUGGUGCCUUUUUAAAAAAACGCAUACAUAAAUACACGUUAAACACACAAUAUUGCAGUAUUUGUGUGAAGCACUGAUUAGUAAUAAAACAAUUUUGACACAAUACCUCAGCAGGACAAAUACCUCUGGUAAUCAUCACAUACAAAUACACACAUUCAAACACAUUUACCGUAGUUAUCUCAUCUAGUUACCUAUAGUGUUAGUUGUGCACAUACUCUUCUGCUUCACCUGUACAGUAGAUAAAUACAUGUACUUGUUUACCUCAUUGAUUCAUCCAUUCAUGUUUCAACAGUGAUGGGAAAGAGACUGCAAAUUUACUAUGCAAACUCCUCCCACAGCACUGACUCAUCAGGUGUACUCGACUUGAAGCAGACCGAUUGCGAUCGGUUACCGUGAGUGUGAUUUGAAAGCAUUGAGAGCCGUCUGCUCUCUAAUCACUCUUGCGGUACUUCAAUGUCAUACACACCGAUCGGUCUGCGCAGAGCCGCUUUAAGUCGAACACACCUCUUGUGAAUCACAUUAGCCCCUCCCAAUCUUUAAACUCCUCCCCUAAAACAUCCUCCCUACCAACUAUAUUUGGCAUGCUGACUAAACUCCUCCCACAGGAUUGACUCCACACAAGCAAUGGCUCCUCCCAAACUUUAAACUCCGCCCACUGCUCCACCCACUUUGUUCCAUUUAUUUUUCAGAUGUUCUGUUGUGUUGAAAUGUUUAGCUUUUUAGUACUACAAUUACAGUGUGUGCAACUGUGCAGUGCACACAUCUGUUAAGUCUUUCUGUCUCUUUUUUUCAUAACCUUUGACUUUUGUGCAUCAUAUCAGUAUUAAUAAUGUUUUCUUCUGUUGUUGAUUGUAUGUUGGUGGUCAACAGUCAUCUCGGUAAAUAACACAACUCGUAUAUAGGAGAUACGUCAUCUCAUGUUCAGACAAGCAUUAUGUAUACUCUUGAAAAUAUGCUCGUGUUCUGAUUGCGCUGCAAUUGAGCCAGUAUUUGUGGUGUUGAUGGUAACACGCGUGACGAUUGUCAUCUCUAGCUCUGAGCAGAAAUCAGCUUAAUUCCUGAUCACUGCUGGACUUUGGUAGAAACAGAGCAUGAUACACACUGAACUACUGCUGAGGAAACCGUUUGUUACAUUUUCCUCUCCCUCUUUUUCCCCAACCCUUCCUAUGUUACUGUGCUCUGUUUGCAAACAGAAGACCCGUUAAUACAAUUAUUUAUUUGAAGUUACUUGAAGGCUUGUCUAAUCGGGGGCAAACCUUCAGAAAUUCUUAAACUGGUUUGUUUUACUUGUACAAAUAAAUGAUGUGUCAAUAAAUUGUCUAAAUAAAAUUAUUUUGAUUUUGUGCUGUGA